ACCACCACCUUUUCGUCUCGUUCCCCUCUGUCAGCAUUCAAACGAAUCGACAGGUCAUGGCGCAGUUCUCUGGGCCUUAACAACCUGCAACAUCACUUACUACCUACCUACCUACCUACCUCUACCACGCAUACCUGCCACGCACUCGGCAACUUUGUGAUCGGCGCUUGCCAUCCAUCGCUAUAAUGAGGUCCCCGCACCCUAUACCACAAGCCAUCGGCGCCGGUGCCAACGCCGUAAACAGCACCACCAGCUUGACUCUGAGGCAAUGCCGGCGGCGUUUCUUUGCUUCUUCGCCCUCAUCCUCGAUUCCUUCCACAUCCCGUUAUCCAGUACAUCUUGGCGCCAUGGAGAGGAAAGAUCAGACAUGGAAUUCAAGCCGGGGCAUUACGUUUGCUGGCGAUAGUCGCGGCAGAGUUGGAUACCCGCAACUGCCAUCUUUGGCAAGAUAUCACAGCGACUCUGCGGUAUCAGCAGCCUCAAACCCGGAACCUGUUCUUCCGCCUAACCACGAUGGUGUCUUCAACUCCACAGGUGUACCUCAGGGAAAUCCUGACGCGAAUGGAACGACGUUAGACUCCCAGGGGCAGGAGUUUGUUGAUGCACAGGAAGGACUGGAGGAACAGUUCCAACUCAUACUCGAAGAUGGGAACGUUGAGUCGAAAGAUGAGGAUGCUUCUCUCAAGCCUCCGUUUACACCACUCAGUUUCACCAUGUCCGAGGAUCUCUUCAAGGAGGCGAAGAAGGCGGCCGAGGGCACUCCAAAGUCCUACUGGACUUACAACCUCUAUCGUGGGCCCGACAAGGAAGGAAACAUGAACGAGAAGGUCAAGGUCCAUUACUGCAGAAGUGCGACCACCACUGAGAGGGUCUUGAAGCAGUACUUCAUGGAUGACAAGAUUCUCGGUCUUGACUUGGAAUGGGAAAUCAGCGCAAAGGAGAGCCAUGGCCCGAGGCAAAACGUGUCGGUUAUCCAGAUUGCUUCGGAGAAGCGUAUUGGAAUCUUUCACAUUUCGCUCUAUCCGAGGAAGGAUGAGCUUGCUUCUCCACUACUCAAGCAAAUUAUCGAGGACGCCGAUGUUGUCAAAGCCGGUGUCUGGAUCAUGGGCGACUGCACACGUCUGAAAAAGUUCCUCGGGAUCGAAGCAAGAGGAAUUUAUGAGCUCUCUCACUUGUAUAAGCUCGUCAAGUACUCUGCUUCCGGUGAGCACAAGCUUGUCAACAGACUCCUUGUCCCGUUGGCAACCUUGGUAAAGGAGGUCCUCCAGUUGCCAAUGUUCAAAGGAGCAGUCCGGACAAGUGAAUGGUCCAAGCCCCUGAACAUGGACCAAAUCCUCUACUCAGGAUCCGACGCCUACGCCGGCGUACAGCUCUUCGCCAUGAUGGACCACCAACGAAAGCAACUCAACCCCACUCCUCCCCUCCCGUACGCCGCCGAGCUCAAGCUGCCCAUCAGGCUCGCCGCGGACGUCAUCUUCGAAGAAGCCGGUUUAUUAGACGAACAGUUUUCGGAAGUAACGGCCGCGCCUGACGCCACUCUAUCAGCCAACUACCUCUCCACUGUGGGCGACAAUAUCAACGUCGAAAUCGAAGGAGACGGGAGCACGACCCUCAGCGGCGAAGACGCUUUUGUCUCUGCCACCACCAAACCCGGCAAAAAUGGCACAACCAAGAAAACCACCGAACCCUCGACAACAUCAACAGCAACAACAUCCACAAAACGCAAACGGACCCCCAAAGAACCCAACGAGUCCAAAGAGUCCAAAGUACCCAAACCAAUCGACCCCCUCAUCUCCGAAGCCACCCUCUGGGCCCAGAACUACCUCCUCUCGCAUGUCUCCCGCAAACAAACCUUUGGCCCCAAAUCCCCCCUCUCCGUCGCCAACCUGCGCGCCUAUUACCUCUGGUCUCGCAAUCCGUCGAUGAACUGCGAAGCUCUGGCCGCGUUGCUCGGCAUCAAGACUAGCACGGCCGCACAAUACAUUCUGGUGGCUAUUCAGAAGGAAAAGGGUAGGCUGUCGUUUGAGCCGAAGCGGAUGAAGGAGGAGAUUUUUGGGUCUGGGGUGAUUUCGGAGGAGACUGAGUUGGAGUUGUUGGAUGAGAUUUUUGGGCAGGAGCAGGAGCAGGAAGGGGAGGUAGAUGAGGUUGAGGGUGAGGGUGAGGAGGUAGAUGAGGCACAGGCAGAGGUGGAGGUAAAGCCGAAGGAAGAGAGCGUGGAGGAUGUGAUGAAGGCUGCGUUGGAGGCUGGGGAUUUGGACUUUGAUGAGGAGUUGACGCUGGGCAAUAGCAGCAGUCAAGCGACGGUUGAUGAGGAAGAGGUGGAGAGGUUGAGGAAGAUGUCGAGGAGCCAUUGAGCCGGCUCUCAAGCUGCUGGUCGAGUGCUGAACAAGAAAGGAAAGAUGUCGACGAUGCACCUAUACCCCGAGACCGACUUGGCUACUUUUAGAUGUUGGUAGAUGAACCUUGUAUAAUCCUUAGAACAACCUCUGACUGGGCUCUGCAGAAGCCAUCUAGUCUAUGCUCCAGGUCAGUACAUUUUUCGC